CUCCAACUGGACCUACUUUUUUGGGGGAAAUGAACAAAGGUCCUUUAUGAUAUCACACUGAGUGAGCACGACUCUGAAGCACUGGUGGAAUUAUCAGUCAAGUCAAAUUGGCCACGAUGUUUCUGCUUUAUUCGGUCCUUUGGCCGCCUAGCGAUAUGCUCUUGAGUGGCUAGGCUUGCGGGGAGGUGUAUAAAGGACAUGAUAGAUAGCUGAAGGGUAAUUCACAAUCUCCAUUUUUUCCUUUGCCAGGUGCAAACUAUCUUCCAUUAUCUAUCCUUAAAUAUUCAAAUUCAUCAUCAACUUCGUACCAAUAUGUCCGAGAGAAACGCUUCAUAUCCUUCGAUAAAUGAUAUAUUCACCGGGGGUUCUGUAAAGACUCCGCUUUUCCUUCCAGACAUCGACGAGAACAAUCUCACUGACUCUUUCCAAAAUACUAACCCUGGUGGAUCCCAGCCAAGCGUCCUUCAAGCAUCGCCGUCUCAGAACGUCGAGCGCCCCCAGAUCAACCAAGACGGCGAUAAAGGAUCUUCUGAUAGGAAAGGGAAGAAGAAAGCCAAGGACGUCAACGAGCCGCGCGCACUGGUUGAUUGGGAACUGGAUGACAAGGAAAACAAGAGUCAAGAUGAUGUCCUUCCUCGAGUCUCUUUGGCGCCAGCGCCAGCCUCUGCAAGAUCCACUUCUCAAACAGUCUCUCGUCCUCGUGCUUCUGUACCUUCGCUGUACCACGCUGCACCAUCUGACUAUGUCCCAUCCCACCCUGCCACAUCGACUACCCCUAUAACCCACUCUCUCUUACCCUUGCAAUCCACUCUUUCGCUGUCCCAUGAUUCCAUCUCCAAGGCUCGCGCAGCUGAAGGUAGCUCCAAUCCACAAUACGUGUCGGGUCGCGAACUCAGAACCGUUGGACAGCCGCAAAAGCCGUCAGCGUUGCCAAAGCUCGACUGUAGAAGCCGCCCUGAUGGGGAAUUCGCCGUGCAAGUCGAUGGUAACCGUACGAAGCGCGCUAUCGCAAAAGACGCGUAUGAGCUGAUACGUCCGAACGCCAUUGCUGCCGAAAACGCAGAACGCGCGAAUGCGUCCGCACGACGGAGUCAGGACGAGGACGAUAAGCGGUCAAGGGAAAUCAGGUACCCUCUUAGGAAACGCAAGCGUAGCUUGUUUCGACCGACAUUCAACAGAUUUCCCUCACUAGGCCGACAAGGGAAUGGCACGACCACUGGCAGGGAAAUACGUAGCAAACUCAAUAUCGGAAAUGCGAUUGCGACUUCGAACUUAGAUUCUGAUUCGGACGUCUCUCACCCAGGGUCAGACCCAGUGAGCGAAAAGGGGGAAAAGGAGGAGGGGAAGGAAGAAAAGAAGGAAACAGUAAGCAAACAGGAUCAGGAUGGUUUCCCAUUGUCGGAAUCAGAACUAGACGGAGAAGAAUUAACCGACGACGAGUACUACGAAUCGUGGUGUAGUCCUACCAGUUCCACUUUUGGUUUUAUCAACACAGACAAUCCGAGCUUCACUUCCGUCGCUGGUCCUUCCUCGCUACGUCCUCCCUCUUCAGACGCUUCGUAUGUUCGUUUCCCGGACGAUGCUUCUGAUAGUCCAGGCACCCAAGCUAAAGACAUGGGAGAGGGAUUUUUUGAGGAUGCGGUGCUGGGCACUGGUCCUAGCAGGUAGUUAGGAGUCGAGAAACCUAGUUUGGGAAAGAAUCAAACAGAUUCUUCUGGCGUCUAGUGUUGUGUCACUGAACUAUCUCCCC